CAUUAUUCACUGUAACUACACCUUCCAAGAUCUGAACAGCCUUUUGGGCAUCGAUUCAUCAACUUAAGUCCGGGGAAAACCAAGUGCAAUAUUUAUCUUUAUGGGUCAAACCAACUCAGUACAGCUUUUAUCCUCCUCAUCAAUCAUCCAGUCUGAAAGCAGGAAAGAGCGUAACAAUUUAUCUCCAAAGUUUCUCAACUAUUUUCCAUUCUAAUAUCAAAACUUUUUGUGGCUAUUAAGUGCAAUAUUUUACAUCACAAGGAACCUCUUCGAUUCCUAAAACUUUUAAAGAACCUGAUAGAGAAAUUGUAUUUGUGAAUGCGACUCUUGAUUUAACCUUGCUGGAAGUUGUGCGUCUUCACGAUGUCCCGCUCAUUUUACGUCGACUCUUUGAUUUUGAACCGAACCCCACCUCUUACACCUACUAACGGUACGGACCAUCCUCGGACACCCGUCUCCAUUCAUCAUCAUUCUAGAUCAUCACCAGAUACCAAAUCAUCCAGCAUUUCAUGUUUCAGACCCCACACCGACCCCCUUUCGCCCUCUUGCCCUCUAUGUGUUCGUGACCAUGUUGCUGCGGCAACGCACCCCUGCCACCCUCGCCUGCCACCACUUACAACCUCUCUACCAUCCAUCUUCAAAUCUCCACUACCACUACCGGGACCACACCCAGCAUCAGGACACCACCCUCACCACCAUCACCACCACCACCACCACUCCAAUGCCACCCGUUCAUUUCUGGAGGCGUACCAAGAAGCGCACCUUCGUCAAGGAUCAUUACCCCUGUCACCGGCACGUCUCUCACCCCACCAAACACCCGUUUCAUCACAUCAUGAAACCUUUAGAAACUCUGCAGACCCUAGGAGGAUCCAUUUUCUACCAGUUGGUUCUGAGCGUCAUCAAACUGAUGAUCAAAUCCGCGAGAGUAGUAAAAGAAUCAGGACAGCAUUCACCAGCACCCAGCUCCUUGAAUUGGAACGUGAGUUUGCAUCAAACAUGUACCUCUCUCGAUUACGACGAAUCGAGAUCGCAACCUACCUCAAUCUAUCAGAGAAACAGGUCAAAAUCUGGUUUCAGAACCGGAGGGUUAAGUACAAGAAAGAAGGCAAAGGUCAUCCGGAUUCACCUCAGUCACAUGACUGCAAGUGUCAUCACCAAGUGACGUCAUCACGUAGUAACGGCCACGGGAGACAUCAUUCGACGUCCUCAUCGAUCGUGGAGACUUCGACAACAAUGAUUUCGCCAAGUGAUGACGAAGAAAAACUAUCAUCGGAGGAUACAGUUGAUAACUGAAACAGCAGAUAUCGAUCUCCGAUUCAUCGUCGUCAUCGACAGUCUCGUAGGUCCUUCUGCCUCAUCAACCUUAUGGAGAAGAAAAUCAGCUAGCCGUGAUCAUUGACGGCCAUUCAAUGUCUCAUCACCGCCAUCGUAAAACAGCCAUCUUGUCCUGAUCGUCAUCGACAAGAAUUUACCACGAUGCCAUGCAUCACCGCCAUCGUCAGCAACCUAUUCAACGGAAUAUGCUUAUCCAUACUUUAAUUUCUCAAAUAUCUAUAUCUCAUUUAUGCCUUAUCAUCAUCAAUGAUCAGCCUUUGUGCCGCAGUCACAACAACAGAACCGAUUACAGAUGGAUCAAAACUUUUAUCUCAUUAUCAAUGUAACACAAUCAGUAGGUUUUGGCGUCUGUUUCAUGGUGUAACUGUAAAAUUACAAGGAGCCAAUACUACCGCAUCUUAUUGGCUCACUGACUGGUUAUUAAGUAUUAAUUAAUAUGAUGUAGGUAUGAGAUAUAGCACCCAUAUUCAGAGGGAGUUGCAAUCAAACACAACUAGAUUAUCAACAGGUCAGACAUGUCAGAAGCGCGCAUUCU